UCUCUGACACAAGGUGCGCCAGUAUAGAACGUCACUGAUGUAAACACGGGAAAAUGGCGGCGCCCACGAGCGCUGGGAGAGGUAGCAGCACAGAAAGAUGUCAGUCAGAGGAGCUGCUGGGAUCCAACACACAAGAGGUGGACGAUCCCCCAGGAGAUGGUGGCUGGUUGUGGGAACUGGGGAAGAGCCGGGGACUGGCAGAUUUCCCUGGAGAAGUGCUGGAGCUAAUUCUGUGCUCUGGGGGGCUCGAAUACCAAGACAUCGCCAGUGUUACGUGUACGUGCAGGAGGCUCCGGGAUGUGUGUGCAGGCCGGGGGAAGGUAUGGAGGCGACAGCUGGCCGACAGGUGGCCAUCGAUGAUGAAGUAUUAUAGUCACACAGAUUCUUUAGAUUGGCUUGAAGAAUAUAAAAAGCGUCACAGUGCUGGUAUAGCGGCACAUCAAAUUGUGGCAUCCUUCUCUAAACGUUUCAUUACAGAACAUCGUGUCCCUUGUGAAGGCUUUUGUGACCUCGAGGGGCUAGAUUACCCUAGACAUUUCCUUGAAGAUGAGCUAUUAUCCUUCCUGAAUAUUGAAAGUGGGAAGUUUUUGACUCAAAAGUAUUGUGCAAAGAAAAUCCUGUAUUUCAUGCGCCAGCAGACUACUAUGCAUAACCUGAAGGAAUUUCUUCAGAGACCGGAGCUUCAACAGGAUAUUUUAGAAGGCGCUGUUUUAAUUGAUCAGUAUUGUAACCCUUUAGAAGAUGUUUGCCUUGGCACUAUUCAGACAGAGAUAGAGGGCAUCCUGAUGAAGGUAAAGACAUUCCUUUGUGUUAAAAAUACCAGACACCCCAGCUUAUCUCUGCAGCCAGGUGAGACUUCUUAUAUUGAAGAUCUAGAGGUACAAGAACAGGCACUGGAUGCCCUCAAUCAUAUCCUCUUCGAUGAGCUAAAGUUUAAGGGCAAUGUGGCUGAUUUUUAUAACCCACUAAACUCCUACAUACAUAAGGUACUGAUCAGUAAGACUGGAAUCCCCAUUAGCCUCUCUGUACUGUAUUUAACCCUUGCUGAACGACUUGGGGUACACCUUGAACCUGUCAACUUUCCUCACCACUUUAUGCUCAGAUGGUGCUUAGGCACAAGUGGAAGUUCCAGUAUCUUAGACUACCUGUAUGUGGAUGCCUUUGGAGGGGGCAUGCGUCUAACUGCUAAGGAGUGCGAGUAUAUGAUUGGUCAGCGUGUAACUGAAGAAUUUUAUGGAACUGUCAGCACAAAGGAGGUGAUGCAGCGCAUGGUGGGAAACCUUCUGAACCUCGGAAAAAGGGAGAGCAAAGACAGGAGUUUUAUGCUGCUCAGAGUCUCCCUAGAUCUCUACUUAGCUAUGUACCCAGACAGUGUUCAGCACUUACUUCUCCAGGCCAGGCUGUACUUUCACCUGGGCCUAUGGCCUGAAAAGGUCCUGGACAUUUUACAGACCAUUCAGGCUCUUGAUCCAUCUCAGCACGGUGCUGUAGCUUAUCUAGUGCAGCAUACCUUAGAGCACAUAGAAAGACGCAAAGAAGACAGUGGGCCUAAUGUCAAGCUGCGUUCCAAUGAGAAGCAGGUCUGCUAUGCUGUAGGGCUUGUAAUGAGGCACAAAAGAUACAACUAUAGCUGUGUGGUUUUCGGGUGGGAUCCUGUCUGCAUGAUGCCGCCUGACUGGAUUGAAAAUAUGGAAGUACAUGUCCUUCAAAAUGGUCCCAAUCAGCCCUUUUACAGCGUCCUCUUGGAAGGAGGUGACUGCAGUUAUGUGGCGCAAGAGAACCUGGAAAUCCAUCCGUCACCAGAAGAAAUUGUGCACACUGAUAUCAGCCUGUACUUUGCAGAGUUUGCAGGGACUCACUAUGUUGCUAAUGAGGAGUUGCAGCUUCAAUAUCCUGAAGACCAAGAGUUUGUCUCCUCCACUGCCAGCGAGAACUUAUCAGCAGACUGUGAUGCUUCUCAGAAUGAGUCCUGAGCUGCAUGGAGAUCAUUAUCCCUGCAGUGCAAUACUCCCCUUCUCGCUCACCUAAAAUCCUCUGCAGUUCAAAGCGUGAAGGAGCUUGUACAAUCACUGCUGAAUAUGGUGCCAAUAUAACAAAGUACUGUUUGUUUUACAUAGAAAUGCAUCAGGAAAAAACGCAGUAAAAAUGCACAUACAUUGACCAUAUCAUAGCAACCUCUGUACGUGCUCUGCACUGCUCAUUUUGCAAUGUAAAUAUAACUCCAAGUAUUUAAUAUUCUAUAAUGCAAGCAAAAAAUAAAUGUAAAUAUUGUUCCUUUAAAAUGGUGCUCUUAUCCAUAGUCCUUGUAUUACUAAGGAAGCUCACAAAAUGAAAUCAGAGUGCAGAGAUGGUCUGCUUCUUACAACACAUCACAGUUUAUCAUAUAGUUAAUAGAACAUUCCAAAAUGUGUUAAAUUGUUGUUUAUGUUUUACUUUCUGUUGUAUGAUUCUCUCCUCUGUUCUGUACAUAAGUCAAGGAGCAGUUGGCCCAGAUGUCAGAACCAAAUCCUGGUCCCCUCUUAUUUAUAUUAGGUGCUGUUUAUGAUUGAGGACUUUUGAGAUUUUGCUCCUGCAUUGAAAAUCUAAUAUUUGUUUGAGUGCUGUGAAGCCGAGGAGUAAAUGACAGCACAAACUAUUAUACUAGCAAUGAGUAAGUAAUACAUUGAUAUUGCAGUUACAUUAUGCAUGCUAUUGCAAACUAAAUAGAACACCAUAUAGGAUGGAUUGUGUAUAAUAAAGUGUAAAGAACGCUCUUGCAUUAUCUCACAAA